CUGCGCCGGAUCAGUGUGUGUAUUGUGCAGCGCGGUGUGUGUGUGUAAAGUAAAGAUGUCUGCUGACGGCGUUCCGGGCACAGAGUCUAACUCGGACCUGAACUCAUGGAGCGUCCCCGAGUUACAGGCCAAACUGGCGGAGAUCGGAGCGCCGGUCCUGGGCCCGAGAGAAGAGUUAAUAGACAGACUGAAAUCCUACAUGAUGCAGACAGGAGUGAUGUUGACUAAACCCAGCUUGCCAGGCGGAGAUGACAAGCCCCUGACCACGAUGCCAGGUCUGCCUCCGAUGCCACCGAUGCCUUCCAUGCCUCUGCCCCCAGGCAUGGGUGUGCUGCAGGCCAUGGGAAUGAUGGGAGGACCCCCACCACCUGGCAUACGCAUGAGCAUGGAGCCGCCAGGAGUUUCCUCACAGGACGACGUGCAGAAAAUGGCCCAGAGAGCUGGUCAGGGGGAUUCCAGAGGGAUGGAGGAGCAGCUAAAGGAGCAGGAGCUUCUCGAGCAACAGAAGAGGGCUGCACAGCUGCUGGAGCAUGAGAGGCAACAGGAGCUGGUCAAGCUGCAGCAGACAGGACCCCCAGGCACCCGGGCUCCGGAACCAGGAGCUGCACCCAACCUGCUGCCACCCAUUCCUCCACUCAGAGCCUUGACAACCAGUGUUCCACCUCCUCCAGGAGUUUCCAUGGUAUCACAGACCAGUCAGAGACAGAGAGUACCACCUCCACCUGGAGAAGACUUAAGAGAGGCGUGGCAGAGCGACGAUGUGGGAAUCGGGCCGAAGAUCCCUCAGGCUCUGGAGAAGAUCCUGCAGCUGAAGGAGAUCAGACAGGAGCAGCUCAUCGCCGCGCCUACAGAAGAGGAAGACGAUGACGCGGCCGACAUGGACAUGAACAGCUCUCGCCCAUACUCGGACGAUGAAGAUGAAGGCACACUCUCUAAAAAGGAUAAAAGUCGCAGGCGCAGGAACCGGAAGAAGAAGAAGAAGAGGAAUCAAGAGAACAACAAGCAAGUGGAGGCGAGAAAGAACGAGGCUGACAAAGAGAAAGAUCCCGAAGUGGAGAUCGAGUACGUCACGGAGGAGCCGGAGAUCUACGACCCCAACUUCAUUUUCUUUAAGAGGAUCUUCGAAGCGUUUAAGUUGACAGAUGAGGUGAAGAAAGAGAAGGAGAAGGAGCCGGAGAAGACAGAGAAGCAGGAAAUCACCUCGUAUAAGAAGAAAUUUUUGGAGGAGAAGAAAGACAGCGACGACAGUGACGAGGAAACCAAACAGGAUGUGCCUAAGCUCUCCAAGAAGAAGCUGAGAAGGAUGAACAGGCUGACUGUAGCUGAGCUCAAACAGUUGGUGGCACGCCCGGACGUGGUGGAGAUGCAUGACGUGACAGCGCAGGAGCCCAAGCUGCUGGUGCACCUGAAGGCCACGAGGAACACUGUACCUGUUCCACGCCACUGGUGCUUCAAGAGGAAGUACCUGCAGGGGAAGAGGGGUAUCGAGAAGCCACCUUUCGAGCUCCCCGAGUUCAUCAAACGCACCGGGAUCCAGGAGAUGAGGGAAGCCCUGCAGGAGAAGGAGGAUGCUAAAACUAUGAAGACGAAAAUGCGCGAGAAAGUUCGCCCAAAGAUGGGCAAGAUCGACAUCGACUACCAGAAGCUCCAUGAUGCCUUCUUCAAGUGGCAGAUCAAGCCGAAACUCACCAUCCAUGGAGAUCUGUACUACGAGGGUAAGGAGUUUGAGACACGGCUGAAAGAGAAGAAGCCUGGAGAUCUGUCUGAUGAGCUGAGGAUCGCUCUGGGCAUGCCCACUGGCCCUAACUCCCAUAAGGUUCCUCCUCCAUGGCUUAUUGCCAUGCAGCGAUACGGUCCUCCUCCUUCCUACCCCAAUCUCAAGAUCCCUGGCCUCAACGCCCCCAUUCCUGAGAACUGCUCGUUUGGAUAUCACGCUGGAGGAUGGGGGAAACCUCCCGUAGACGAGACAGGAAAACCUCUAUACGGCGACGUGUUCGGAACCAACGCCGUCGACUUCCAGGCCAAAGCAGAGGAAGAAGAAGUGGACCGAACCCCAUGGGGCGAACUCGAACCAUCAGAUGAAGAGUCUUCGGAAGAAGAGGAAGAGGAGGAGAGCGACGAGGACAAACCAGAUGAGUCCGGUUUCUUCACACCUGCCGACAGCGGCUUGAUCACUCCCGGUGGCUUCUCCUCGGUUCCCGCUGGCAUGGAGACUCCAGAACUGAUUGAGCUCAGGAAGAAGAAGAUUGAAGAGGCGAUGGACGGAAACGAAACUCCUCAGCUGUUCACAGUGCUGCCGGAGAGGCGAACAGGCCCCGUGGGAGCAGCCAUGAUGGCAUCCACACACAUCUACGACAUGUCUGCGGCGGGGGCAGCGCGGAAGGUGGCCGGGGUGACCGGCUUGGGCGGAGACUCGCAGGGCGUGGAGGUGGCUCUGGCUCCAGAGGAGCUUGAGCUCGACCCAAUGGCCAUGACGCAGAAGUACGAGGAGCAUGUGCGCGAGCAGCAGGCUCAGGUGGAGAAGGAGGACUUCAGCGACAUGGUGGCCGAGCACGCCGCCAAACAGAAGCAAAAGAAGAGAAAAGGCCAGCCACAGGACACUCGCGCCGGAGCCAAGAAAUACAAAGAGUUCAAGUUUUAAAGAGGAGACGAGCGUGAGACCACGGAUAAACCAUACCGUCUGUUUUGUUUUCUUUUCUUUUUUCCCCUUUUAGAUUCAGCUCUGUAGAAAUAAACAGUAUCUAUCUGUAUGCUGAUAAAGCAAUUUUUCACGUUUCACUGUCUUUUGUAAAUAAAACAUAAAUCCA